CAGAUCUGUUUGAAUAGAAAAUAAUUUGAAAUUUAUCGGUUUCUCUGUCGCCGCAUAUGUUUAUCAAGGAGAUGAACGUGUCAAUCCCCCCGCCCCCUAAUUAAAGAUAACAAAUAAUCUGUCUCCGAAUUUCUAUGGAUCAUUCAACAAUGGUAAUCAUUCAUGUGCUUUUAAUUUUUAAUUAACAAAAAUAAUGAUUUUAAUAAUAAUAAGUAAUAAGUGAAACCAGAUAGUUGAGAUAACCUAGGAGGCGUGGAAAUCAUGAAUGGGAAACCCAAUUAAUUGCAAUUAAUUAUAAAUUUUAAAAUAUUUUGGGAUAGCCUUAAAUUAAGUUGAAUGGAAUGGCGCAACACAUCUGAUCUGUGGGGGAGGAAAAAAAAGGGGGGAGGGUCCGUCACAAAUGAGAGGAUGUCUAAUACUAAUACUAAUUUUUUUAACUUUUUUAAAGAAUAAAGGAAUUGUUCAAAAAUUAGUUUUUACAUAUUGAAAUUAUAUGAAUUGUUAUUGUACCGACCUAGAUGACUACAAGCACUACUUAAUAUGACUUAAACAACAUUGGUCAAUUUCAACAAUGUGGCCUCCACUGCUCAUCUUGUCUCCCAUUAAAGUUUAACGUAGAUCAAAAGGGAAUGGCGUAUAUAAAAAAGGAUAGACGCUACAGGAGGGUUUCUACUGCAUAUAUAUCAGCUGCCAAGUCAACCAUUGUCAAAUGUGUGACAUUGAGCAGCUUGAUGAAGCGAAAAAGACACUGAGAUCCAACAAUGCAUCCACAAAGCGGAUCUUCUACCCAAGGCCGUGCGAAAGGAAUGGAAUGACAGGAUAUCUGUUUUGGACUGAUUUAAACAAAAAUUAUUUAUUAAUGAAGAAGUUUAAAGAAAUAAACAGUUUUAAAAAAUAUUUUUACUUUUUAUUAACAACUAAAGGAUUUUUAUUCUCAUAUCAAUGUCAAGGGAAGCUAUAUUUCUUCUACCAUCUCUUCUGUUCUCAGAUAAAGUGUAGAAUGAUUAAAGGCUAGAUGUAUCCCAGCAUUUUGAAUUUAUCACUAAGCUCCCCUCCCCCACUUUUGCUUGAGAGCUCUUGAUUUCUGCUCCCCUUCCCCCCUCAAUCAAAGUCCUGACAUGCUUUUAUUUUAAAAAGUUACUAUAUAUAUAUAUAUAUAUAUAUAUAUAUACACACACACACACACAUAUCAAUACAAAAGUUGACCCUUAUAAUCUUAAUCAAUUUUAAUUGUUGAAAGUAUUAUAUUUCAAUAGCAUUUGGCUCCCACUAGCAUCAAAACCUGGUUACGCUACUAUUUGAUCUAUCAGGUAUUCUGUUUACAAAUAUUACACAAAUAUAAUGUACAAAUAUUUGUGUUUUAUACUUUUUAAUCAUUAAAAAAAAUCUGUUAAAUCCAAUUAGUGGCAAAGUAACUUUUUGCUAACAUUUGGAUACCAUCUGUUCAUUACCAUAGACCUAGCGUUCAAUUUUAAUUGAUGUGCUGAUCAUAGCUGCGGAAAAUAUAAUGUCCUAUCCUUCAGUUUUACACAAAUCUACCUAACAGGCAAUGGAUUUUGAACUAUCUGAUAACAAAGUGAGAGAGAGAGAGAAAGCGGGCCAGAAAGAAUGAUAACAAUACCAGAGAGAUAAAAAUUGGCUGAUGCAGAGAUAAUAACCAGACUCAAACACUCUAAGACUUAUUUUCUCAGUGGUUGAAGAUCUGUGAAGAGUGCUUUACUUAGACCAAGUUAAUCCAGUGUUACAGAUUUUUCUGAUUGAUUGAAUGAGUAGGUGGUCAGGUGUGAUGGCUUGUUAUUUAAACGCAUUGCAGGGUUAUUUUGUCCGCUUUAUUUAUUUUAUUUACCUUUCCAAAGCUUUGGAUCUAAGGUUAAUUUCACAAUGCAAAGUAAACUUCCGUAAGUGAUUUCAGAAUAGUAUAAUUAUUUUUGUAUCAGUUUGUUCUUUAAUAUAUUGAGGAAUUAUUAAGUAUUUGCUAAAACCAGAUAUGAAUAAAGCAGGAAAUGAGUCUUUGUGAUAUUUGAAUGGUCAAGUGGUAUUGUGUUUCUGUUGUGGAUGAUAACUGAGAAUUCAGAAGUAAAAGGAUUUUUGAAAAACACUCACUUUCAACUUUCAGGAAAUUUCUUUGUUUUAGAAAGAAACAUUUAAAAACAAUUAUGUAAUCUAGUUUAUAAUGCAUCUAUUUGAUGUAUAUAUUAUUGAAUGGGAACUUAAGAUGAUAUAUUAUUUUGAGUGAAAUGUCUGGUAUACGAGAUCGCAAAAUUUGCUCGAAGCCUAGGGGACCCUGCCAUGUGUUAAUUCGGCACUGAUUAAACCACCUGACGUUAUAUUCUUAAGUUUCUGAAUUGUGAUUAAAAAUAAUUUAUAUUUUUCUCCUGUACAGGAUGAAAUGCCAGCUGCGGCCUCCGAAUGCAUUACAGAAGACUCCAAUAGCUACCUGCUUAUAGUAGCCAGUAAUUCACCCAAACUGGAACACAGACAUCACCUCAAACCUCCUGCUGUUCACAAGAGUAAAAAGAAGAUUGAUCAGGUUUGAAACACUGUUGUACUUUUUCUUCACUUCUGCUUUAAAAAGUAUUAGUAGUAGUGAAUUUCAUCAACAUUAUGUCAUGGUGGUAGGCAGAAUCAGAAAACAAUAUUUAUGACUCGACUCCUGCUUUACAAGAGAUCAAUUCUGUUUCUUAACAACAUUCUAACUGGAGUGAGGGAAAUAGUUAGGAUUCCAAAAAUAUAAAUCAAAGAAUCUUGACUAUGGCAAAAAUGAUUAGACCUCAUUACUCUGUCUGCCCUACAUCUUCUGAUGUAUUGAAAAUUGUAGUCAUUGCAAAUAAAAAUAAAUUGUUUGGACCAAUAGAAUUAUUUAGUUUUUUCAUUGUCAUUAUGUUCAACUAUAAUAAAUACUUUAAUAUUUUAUAUGUAUUUCAUAAUGGUGACCUCUAAAUGUAUUUAUUGAUAGUAACUGAUGGAUUAUUUUAAGAUCAUGUUUAUUAAUUCAUUAGAAUAUCGAUAGUCUAUCAGCAGAAAAGUAACUCACAUGUAAUACUAAGAUCAUAUUUACCUCUUUAGGAUAGUCUAUCAGAAGAGCUCCAACAUGCAAGUGAAAUGUCGGCAUCAGUAGAAUCGGAUGAGGUAUCAAAAGAACAUGAGGAUUCUGGGAGGCUAAGCCGGUCAGGAUCAAUUAGAGUUGAAGUGAGUAAAAAUUAUUAUCUUUUAAUGAUUAUUGUGCAAGAAUUUCCUGAAAUAAUAUUUGUUGUACCGUUGUUGUAAAGUUAAUCAUUAUUCUCUUUGUACCACUGCUUUGAAUAAAUUAUCUUUGCUGUACCGAUUAUUCUACAUAUAUGUGCUAUACAAGGGGUCUUCUACCCUUAAGUGUUAGUGUGCCAAAGUUAGACCUCUCAUUCAAUCAACCUGCCAAUAACUAUAAGUCUACCAUUUAAGACGCUUUUGUAAUAAUUUAUAAUUAUUUUUUAGUUUGCCACGUGCCAAUGAAUACCUCUAUGCAUGCCACGUCUGGCACAAGUGCCUUAGGUUGACGACCCCUGUAGUAUACCAUAUGCACUAAAUGAUCUAGUGUUAACUUGAUCUAUUAGAAAAAGAUGUAUGUGCCUGGCUUUUUGCAGUCAUAGAUGUUUUCUCCAUUUUUAGAUCCAAGAUCUCUGCAAUGAUGGAAGCUUCAACUUCACAACAAGUACACUUCGCAAAUGUAAGCAGUUGGUGUUGAGACCCUACUGGGGCCUGCUUCUCUUUGUAAGUCGGUUGUAUUUGUUGUGCAACACUUUUGAACUCUUAGCCGACUCACUGCUAACAUAGACUUAAUUAAUCUAACUCACUGAGACCUCACUGUGGACUGCUUCUCUUUGUUUGUAGGUUGUAUCUAUUGUACAACACUCGUUUAUUCUUAACCAAUCCAGUUCAGCAUCGACUUGAUUGAUCUGAAUGCGAAUAUUUCUGUUGUUGUUAAAGACAUACAAAGAAUUGAGCCUUGGUAAUAUUUACACUGUUAAAGAACAAACCCUCUUAGAAAAUAAAUCAGUCCUUCAUAUUUUAGUUGCCCAUCUUGUUUACUGCAAUGUUUAUCAUUUUAAAACAGAAGUUUUCCCAUUAUGUUUUUUAAUUUAAGAAACUAACAAAAAAAAAACUUUCUGUAAAACAAAAUGUCACAGAUUGGUUGGAGGGGUUUCCAUAAAGAGUCGAUGAACUCCAGUAGGCUGGUUUGGCGGUGUAUCAACUUUCUCUAUCCUACCUUCAUGAUUCUGCUAUUGCUGUAUACAUACAUGUAUGAAAUAUUGGCUUGUGAAUGGAAGCUGAACAUUACUACAGACAGUAAGGUAGUUUCUAUAAAUAUUUAUAUUUAAGAAGGUGAAAUGAAAUAUCUUUGGUGUUCUAAUUUUCCUAUAUUUGUAAAUCAGUAGCAGUACUUCAACCCUUGUUAUUAAGAAUAAAGUAUUUCACAACUUGACCAUUAUUACAUAUACCCUGUGAUUUGAACAAAAUUUCCUAGCUGUUGUCAAAGAUAAAACCUUUCUGUAUAAUAUUAGCAAGGAAAAUUCCAUGCAUUAAAUUGCAUUCAUUGACUUCCUAACCUAGACUUUAACUCUCCCACUUUGUAAGUCAUACAUUUUAAAAAAAACAACCUUUUCACAUUUUAUUACAUGUUGUAUACUCUGUGUUUGGAGUAAAUUGUAGUUUUCUCUUCACGUGCAGAACCUUAAAGCUUUUUCCAUCUUGGUUUAUUAACUAAAAAUACACAGUCUAUAUCUGCAGUAGACUUGCACAUAUUUUAAUAAGACUUUCUAUUGGUUAACAUUCAGCAGUGCAUCAAGUUAUAGUGUAUGAUGGUCCAGUUGAAGUUUAAAGUUCAGAAAAAUAGAUCUAAAAUCCUAUUUAUUAAAAAAAAAACCAUGCAAAUCUAUAAAUCCAUUAGACAGCUCUUUAAUUUUAAGUUAACAAGUACAGUAAUAUAGAAACAUAAUGUUUUUCCUUAAAUUUAAGUUAACAGUAAUAUAGAAUUUUUUUUUUCUAAUGAUAUAAUAGUUUUAUAAUUUCUUUAAAGCCUAAAAUCAAGGUUUUUUCCUAAUAAUGUUUAAUAUAUAUAAAUAUAAUAUCUGUGCAUAUAAAAUUAUUGAUGUUUUGAAACUUUAUAGCAUGAUAAUUUCAUCUGGAGGAGUAAAGGAACAAUCUAGUUUGGGAACUUUACAUUUCAGAAGCUGUUAGAUUUGUGAACAAAGAAGCUUUUAUUUAAAAUGAAUUAAAUAUUACUUUACUAUGAUUAACUAAGUCUCCAGUGUCUGUUAAAGAUAAAAAUUGCAAAUCUCAUGAUAACUAUCAAAGGGCAUUAUACAGUUAUCAGUUAUCUAUGCACCUAUUUAUGUUGUUGUCGUUGACCGGGACUAGAAAGUUCUUUUUGAUAGUAUGAAUUUUUCAUCCAGUGUACUGUUUGAUUCCUCCACUUGUUUUGCAUUGUGUACAUCACAUAAGAUCUACUCAGGCUGCUAUCUGACCAAUGAAAUGGGACCUUUUUUAUCACAACCAUGUACUGGGUCAGUGCAGCUUGUAUAGUACAACUGACUUGAAUUCACUGAACAUAUCCAGAGAUGUAAAACAUGAUAAGUUCAUUGCCUUAAUCAAAAUGGUGGUGUGAUUGGGGGGGGGGGGAGGGGAGAGUAAACAAGCUGUGUCAUCUGAUCAACAUCCUGUUUAUUAGAAAUGAGAUAAAAUUAAUGACCUGUCAAGUUAAAAAAAAAUUUUUUUAUUGUAUUGUUUUGAUUAAUUUAGUGUCUCCCAAUAGGAAGCAGAGAUGCAGAUACCGAGGAGCAGGGGGGCAGGCUUUAAACAAAAUGAUCAUGUCAAUAUUGAGCUUUGUUUUUUGUUUUUUUUAUUAUCUUAGGGACUUAAACUAAACAGAUGUUUUCAGAAACAAUGAAAAAAAACCAACUAAAUUUUAAAAAUUUCAUUCCAUAAGAAAAGUUUAAUGUCAUGAGUAAUAAUAUCUUCAUUAAAAAUUGAUGACUCUAAUUUCAGAUCCUUAAAACAACAACAGCAAAGCCUUUAACAACGACCCGUAACCACUCUCAUUCUUCUGUGACCAUGAGUAUCAUCAUGCCUGCCUUUGAAACCGGUGGUAACAUGACAAACCUGGGUGGUGUCCGGAACAUCGGCUGUGAACACAUAGUGACCACGUACUUUAUCCCAAACCUCCUCCACUUCCUGGCUUACUCACUUGGCUUGUACUACUUCAGAAUUCAGGAAAACGAACAGCUGUAUGCCCUCAUGGAAAAGGUCAGUGCAAAUUAUUAGUUUCUGAAAUCACUGGGGUAUUGUGUUAAAUCUAGUUUUAAUAAAAUUGAUAAAAUUGAGCAAUCAUUAUUUUAAAAUAAAGAAGAUUGGGGGAAAGAAAAACAAGAAAAUGUUUACUGUGAUACAAAAAAUUUUUUACUGUGAUACAAAAAAAUGUUUACUGUGAUACAAAAAAAUGUUUACUGUGAUACAAAAAAAUGUUUACUGUGAUACAAAAAAAUGUUUUGACACUAUGUUUUUUUACAAAUGACACUAUGUUUUAAAUGUUUACUGUGAUACAAAAAAAUGUUUACUGUGAUACAAAAAAAUGUUUACUGUGAUACAAAAAAAUGUUUACUGUGAUACAAAAAAAUGACGAAUGGAUUUGUUUGAAAUAAAGUUAUGUACGUUUUUUAUUUCAGUUUAAAAGUCAGCUGCAGUGUCCUUAAUUAUAGUUAAGGAAUAAAUAAGAAUAGAAAAGAAUGAAGUUUGACAGCUUAACAUGAACCUGUGGGGAACUUUGACAGCAAAAUGAAAAAAGAUCAAUGGACUUAUUAAGUGGAGAAAUGCUGUCAAAUAUAUUUAAACCUAUUAAAAAAUAAAUUUAUUGGAAAAAAAAAUCAAGAAUCUUAAGUGACGCGAUAAAAAAAAUUAUAGCUAAUGAUUAAAAUGGAAGAAAAAAAAAUACAACUGCAUCAAAACCCAAAUUUUCUUAAGCCAUUCAAUUUAAAUCAAAAUAAUGGACAUGUAACAGGUACCCAGUGCUGUACAGCAUCUCAUUCAUUCCUAUUGUUAAGUGAGCUUGUUGAAGUUUGUAAAAAGUCACCUUAAAAAGUCGUUCUCCGCCAACUCCUGGAUCACCUCAUUCAAUGUGACUUGUUUGAACCUUUCCAGUCAGCAUACAGGGCGCAUCACUCUACUGAGACAGCCCUGUUGCGCGCCUUAAACGACCUUCUGUCAUCUUGUGAUGAGGGCCAGGUAUCAAUUUUGUCUUUACUCGAUUUAUCGGCAGCUUUCGAUACGCUCGACCAUGGCAUACUGCUCCAGCGUCUGCAAAAAACGUUCGGUCUCACUGAUACCGUCCUGUGUUGGUUCCGAUCGUAUCUGAAUAAUUGGGUCCAGUCAGUUAUUUCAAACGGCUUGACCUCGAAGAAAUCUAAUAUCGAAUUCGGAGUACCCCAGGGCUCAGUCCUAGGCCCGGUGCUUUUCACGAUGUACAUUCAGCCCCUGGGUGCAGAGAUCAAGCAGUUUGACAUGCAAUACCACAUGUUCACGGACGACACCCAACGUCAUCAAUCCGUGAUCCCCUCUCAGUUCCCUCAGCUGCUCAGUAUGACACAGAAGACAGUGGAGUCAGUUAAGCACUGGAUGACCAUAAACAAGGUCAAAUUGAAUGAUGAAAAGACUGAGCUGAUCCCGCUCAGAAGCAAAAAUCUGCAAAUAACACGAUAUCAAUUACUCUCUCAGGUGUGCGUAUUGAGUUAGCUCAAACAGUGCGGUACCUGGGUGAUAGAAGACUAACUUUGGAAAGUCAUAACAUGCUAUGCAAGGCGAUUUUUCUGGAGCUGCUCAGGAUUAGUCACAUCAGGCCCUUCCUAACAAUUGAUGCAACAAAGAGGCUGAUGUUUGCAUUUGUGACUACUGCAAUGCUCUCAUGGUGGGUCUUCCAGCUACGCUCCUGGAUAAAAUUCAAAUAGCACAGAAUAAUGCGGCUCGCAUUGUUCUUCGCAAACGCAAAUUCGACCAUGCAAAAACACUUCUGAGAGAGUUGCACUGGCUGCCGGUGCGUGCUCGCAUAGAGUACAAAAAUCGCAACUUUGUGCUACCGCUGCUUACAUAAGCUGGCGCCGUCCUAUCUGAAAGAGCUGCUGACGCCUUAUGUACCCACUAGACAACUCCGCUCAUCCGAUAGUGGCAAACUCUCGACACCACGUGUUCGCCUUGAGACUUACGGAAAGCGCACUUUCGCAUUUGCUGGUCCAACAAUUUGGAACACCCUUCCUGUCGAUCUCAGAAACAACCAGACACUGGAGUCCUUUAAAACUGAUUUAAAGACACAUCUAUUUAGCAAACACCUUCUGGGAUGAUUGUCUACCUUAUUUUCCAGUUAAUGCAUAUUGGCUGUGUUGCUUAUGGUUGAAAUGGCUAGAAAGACUUUGACAUUGUAUGCUUGUAAUUAGUUUUUGUAGUUUUGCGUUUGUUUUAAAUGUGGUAAAUUAUAGAUUUGUUUUUUGUUGACUUUGUACCGCGCUUCGAGCCUUUGGAGAUGAAGCGUGUUUUUGAAAUAAACUUUAUUAUUAUUAUUAUUCAAAUAGCAAACUCACCUUAUUCAAAUAGCAAACAUGUAAAAAAAAUUUUCCACUUGUGUACCUGGCAGGUAUUUUUACAAGCCACACCUUUACAAGCAAGAACAGCCUCACAACAGAAGAUGAUCAACAAGCUCAGGCAAGGAAAAGUAUAUUUACUUUACCCUUUGAACCCUUGGCUCCUGGGCCUAAAAUACCCAUGUCCCUGGGGAAAAUGUCCACACACUGACACACAAGCAAACAAAAUCAAAUGAUUAAAAAAUUAAAUAAAUUUUAUUUAUUUCAAUCUAAAUUUGUCUGAUGUAAGUCCAUAAGUAUGAUAAAAUGUCUCACAGAGAUAAUUGUCUUAGAAACGUAACAUAGCAUAGUAAAAGGUCAUUUAUACAACCCUGAUUGUUCAUAAAAGCCAAGGCCAGGACUAGGGAUAGACCUUGUCUUGUUUCUUUUUUUCCGAAAGCACACAUCGAUAGCACUAGAAGUUGAAGUCCCUUGAUCGUCACUAUCAUUGUCUAUUUGCUUUAUUUCAAUCCUUUUUUAAAAAGACAAUAAUAAUCCUUUGAAUUAUUUACAUAUUCAUAAAACUAGUCUAGUUUAAGUCCUUUAGAGUAGCAAUUGUUGUAUUUUCGUCACCUCUAUACAUCGAAAAACAUGACUAAAACCUAAUAGAAACAAUACAUUCAUGGGUGCGGCCAUUACUGUGACCUUUUGCAAGUCACGUAGUAAAGCCCAAACUCAGUAUUUACAACACAUUUUAUAUACGGACUGUCGAUCUAUGGUAAGGUAUGGGAGACCGAAAUAUUGGUCUGGCGGGGUGUGGAGUUUUAAGGCGCAGACCAAUUAAGCGGGAUUGAGGGGGUCAAAAGGUUAAAACAGUUUUUAUUAAAAUGUUUUUUAAAAUAUCAUUCGUGAUUGUCUGUUAAAUGCUUCCGAUCCCUUUAACUACAAUUAACAUAUAUGCUACUAUUUCCAAAACAUUUUUGACAGACAAUUGUUUGUUCAGCAAAUGGCAAGCUGAGUCAUCAAAUGUACAAUUACUGGGAUUGGUGGAUCUGCUUUGCCCUUAUCAGUUCUUCUAGGUUUGACUUUGUUUUGGCCUGGGCAACUUUUAUGUUAUAUUUCGUGUCUAAUCUGUUUCAGGAAUUUGUUUUGAUAUCAAUUAGUUUCACUGGGAAAAAAACCAUCUCAUACUCAUAGUUGGAAAUUUACCAAUCUUAAAGCCAUCUUUGCAACAUUGGGAUAAGACUGUGCCAAUUCAAUCCUAAAAUCACUACAACACAUUUCACGGAAAGCAUAUUUUGCACCCCAAUCACUCAUCAAAUCAAUAAACUGUUAUUUAGUGAAAUUGUCCUCCAAAGGCAGAUGACCCUAAAGAGUACAAAUCAACAGUGUUUUUCAAAUUCUUGUAGUUCAUAAAAUAAAUGAGAAAUUUCUUGGCUAAGAACUGAUGCAUGUUGUUUCAUCACAUCAAUGAUAUUGCCAUCAAUGUUGAGCUCGUUAUCAUCAAAACAUGUGUUUAGCUGUUAAAACGGGGAAAAGUUCUUCUCUAACUUUGCAUACCCUUGUUCAAGUUUCAUUUUGAAAGCAGUCAAUGUUUCAUGACAAUGAAGUACUGAGAUCUCUUGUCCUUGCAGCCACAUGUUGGUGGAAUCAAACGAUUCAAGUAUGUUGACCCUUUCUUAACAGGGAUAUAAGAAAACUGGUAGAAAAACUUUGGGUUCAUGUCUGGUUUAGUGUCUUGCAAAAACUGCUGCAUUUCUUAACGUAAUAGGAAAAUUCCCUUCAAACUUUUACAUUUGGAAAGACACCUGACGUUGGAGCGCAACAGAGAGUGUAUCAAAGACUUUCUUUUCAGAACUCAGAAAACAAACAAAAGUUGAGUACAUUCACAUUAACGAAGUUCACUGUUGUAAUCACUGCACUGAGAACAUUAUUCAUUUCAUCAGGCAUGGUUUCCACCAUUAAGGCUCGACUAUGAAUAGUGCAGUGUGUACCAAUAAUGUUUGGGGAUUUUUGCUUGACUAAAGUUUGAGAACCAGAACAGCAUUCAAGCAUGGAUUGCUGUGAGUACACACGCCAAUGGCAUAUUCUCAUUUGUCCACUUCAUCAAAUAUUUAUUUCGCAGUUAUUCUGGUAAUGAGGGUUUUGAAAAAACAAAGCAAACAUCUUCCAGUUGCUUGUCAUAUACAUAUCCUAUGUAGAUGCACAGUUGGGGUGAUUUGGCGACAUCCAUCAUUUCAUUAAGCUGGAUCGCAAAGAAGUUGAAAAUCAAAUUUUAAAUCUUUGAGACCAUCUACGACAGUAUGUUAUCAGACAUCUCCGCUAUUCACCUCCUAACAGUAUCGUUAGACAGGAAAACAUGCUUCAGCGUCUCCAGUUCAGAACUUCCCAACACAUUCAAUAUGAUAUCUUUGAAUCAAGAUAAUAUCAACUCUUUUCCAAUUUUGUGGGUUUCUUUGCGGCAGAUAUUUUCCUCAAAACUGCACAGCAGGCUUUUAAACAAGCCUUAGUAUUUUGCAAAAAAUUCAUCAAACCUGGAUUUGUGCAAUUUUUCGGCUUGGUGUUUAAAGAAGUUGACCUCUUUGUUUAUUGAGCAGGGACGCUUCAUUUUAAGUUGUCUCUUUAUCUUGCAGUGCUUUAGAGAAGUGGAUGUCAACACAUCAGAACACAAAACACAUAGUGAUUUCUUUUCUCCACUAGACUUUAUUACAGUGAAACCAAAUGUGAAAUAUGAAACGUCAUAUCUAAUUUACUUUAUUUUGGGGGGCCAUUAUAAACUAACAGAAUAAAUCUACUUGUUGAAAUUUUAAAUAUAAAUUACUAAUUAAUAUUGUUUAAGUUAAAAAUUAAAAACUAGAUUAAAUAGCUCAAAUAAUUAAGAUCAUCAAAAGUAUAGCCAGCAUCAUUUAGAAAAGAAAUUUUUACCCUGGAAAAAAUGGGAUGGAGACGAUAGGCUCUUAGGUAUAAGAAAGAUGGAAAAAGUUUUUACACACAAUCUUCUGCAGAGGAAUGCAAAAAAUUAAAUUAGAUUGAAGAGAGUUUGGAGACACAUCCUCUGCCCAAAACAAUAUUCCAUUCGGAAUUCCCUGUUUAGCUCUAAGUUAAGCUCCUAGUUUCUAAGAAUUGGCUGGCCGGCUGUUGGAGAUCUGAGAAAUAUAUACUAACUGAAGUGACUCCUCAUACUAUUGACACUUAACAACAUGCGAAAGAUUUCAGGGAACACAGUGUCAGUGGGCCUAAACAUUGAACACACUCUCUGCGUGAUUCAGAGAAAGAAGUUUGCCUUUACCAAUUCACUAUACUAGUGGUUCUGAAAAUUUAGUGAACGUACCAAGUCUCAUGGGAACUAAAUUGGAUUCCUCCAUGGGACAUAGCAACCAGAAGAAACAAUUGCAAAUAGCCCAAAAUUUGUAUCUUAGUGACCCCUAGAGGAACUGGCACCACAGUUUGAAAAACCUUGAACUUUUAUGACAUAUACUUUAUUUGUAUGUUCUCAUACCCCCAAAGAAACAGAAUUAUUUAAAAGGUUUUUUAAAAAGUUAAUGAUUACAAACUAACACUAACAACCAUGAAGUCAGGAAUGCUUUGCAGAAUGACUUAGUUUUAAGCCAGUUUCUCAUCAUAUAACUUUGGCAGGCAAUCUCAAUGCAAAUUCAUCUUUCUAAGCUCCAAAAUAUCAUCAGUGAUUUUACAUGGAAAUUAUUUUUGGUCAAAUGAUUCCAAUGAAAAUGUAAUUUAUAAUUUAUUUUUUUCAGGUUAUUUCUCAUUAUUGGAGUAAUGUGGGUGCUGUUAACAGUGCUGCUGCAGUGUCUGUAUGUCUGGGCGUUCAAUUUUCCCAAGCUACCUCUCUUUGAAACUAUUGGGUCAGUGAAUUGUUUUUUUUUAAAAACAUUGUUGUUAUUAUCAGCAUUCUUAAUUUGCUCUUGUUUCGCGGCGAGAAAGGAAAGGAAACGUAAAGAUAUAUUUAUUUGAUUUAAUUUGUUUUUGAACAAUAUAUCAGUGAUUUCGGGUUAUAUUAAUCUUACAUGGAUCUUCUUCAAUCAAAAAUAGUAAUUCUCCCUUUUAAAGAUAUUUUUAUUUUAUUUUAUUUUAUUAAGUGACAAUUAAUUUUUUUGAUUGAAGAAGAUCCAUAAUUAAUAUAAGAUUCAUAUAACUAGAACUCACUGAUAUAGUGUUGAAAAACUUGUCUCUGUUGUAUCUGAAAUGAAAUAAAUGAGAAAAUAUAGUUGUAAGAUUUCAAGAUCACAACCAUCAAAGUGCAAAAAGGUAUGUAGAAAUUCAGGAAUAAAAAUAAAACAAAGUCUGUCUGUCACAGCCUAAAAAAACCUGUCUUGAAAUCUGUACAAUUGUAAGACCUUUAAAUUAUCAUUGAUUUAAAUUAAGGUGAAGGCAAUAACCAGUUUUCUUCUCACUGGCAGAGUUUCUGGAUAUUGGAUCUUAUUUAGCAUUGAGCUCCUCGGCCGCACAGUCUUCAACUCUGUGAUAUUGGCCAUUGUCAUGAACUACGGGACUCAGUGUGAAAUGAUUAAGUUCUAUGUCAGGGGAUUAGGUCUCAGGCUGCAGGAGAAAUCUACAGAUUUAAAGACAGCAAUGAAGGUUGGCCUAAUAUUUCUUUCUUUUUCGAAUUAAGUUUGUAUUACUUUAUUUUAUGGUUAGAAAUUUUGCUCUGAUAUUUCCUGGCAUCUAGCUUUUUGUUGUUUGUUGUUUUUAUAGCACAGUGACAUGAAUAUUCUUGAAAACAAACAUCCCUCUUCCCCAAAUACAUUUUAAAAUAAUUCACUCACAGAUGUUUCUAUUUAACACACAAUAAAUAAACUAUACAAUUUUUUUUGAAUGGGAUAUAUUACAAGAAUGUAAUUAUCUUUUUAUUGUCAACUGACAAACAUUUUUUUUUUUUACUGUGUAAAGAAAUUGAAAAUCAUUUAAAAACCAUUUAUUUAGUUGUAGCAUUAUCUUCUAUGACAUUAUUUACAACCUCUUAAAGCAUGUGAAAACACGUUUACAGAUCAUUAAUUAUUUUAUGAUAGUAAAAGAAGAUAACUGUUGGAGGAAUUAAACAUUCAAUAUUUAUUUAACGAGGGGGACCUUGUUUGCAGGAUUUGUUGAUGCUGAGGCAAAGUUUGAGUUUGUUAAAUGGGAUCAUUUCCAAAAUGACCUCCCUUGCAGCAGUUAUCUUGGCAGAGCUGACCAUCAUUGGUGAGUUGAAGUUCUUUUUAAAACACAUGCACCGUCUAGCUGUUUACUAUUUUACUAUUUUACUAGUUUACUAUUUAACAAUAUAGCGGGUUAUCAUUGUUUUUUCUUUGUUUCAUCUCAAAGCAAUUUAAUUUAAAACUUACCGCAGUCAUAAAUAAAUAUAAUUUGUCACUUUAGGACCAUGUAAAUCUAUUUUCAAGGCAUUACACUAUAACCAAACAGCUUUGAAAGAACUGGAUCACUAAGAUGUCUUCUAAUUCAAAAAAAAAAUACAGCUACAUGGACUGUUGUUUUAAUAUUUAAUAUACUCUUCUUUCUUGUAAUUAAAACAUUAUGCAAAAAAAAAAAAAGUCUAUGAAAAUGUUGCAAAAGUUUAUUUAAGGUCACAUAAAUGAGGCUGAAAAUAUUGCAUAAGGUUAUUUAUGGUCACAUGAAGGCUGAAAAUGUUACAUAAAUGACAGCAUUAAAUGGAUAUGUUUUGUUUUUUGCUCUCGUCCCUUGUCAGGUGUUUGCAUACUUUUUCUCAAUGAGUUUGACGACCCCAAGGUAUGGGCCUAUCGAAGUUUUUUCCCCGUUAUCUGGGCGCUUAUGCUCUGCUUCCCACUGUUUCAAGUAAGUUAUCUGCCUUUGGUUGUUUUAGAGUUAUCUCCAACUGUUAUCCUAAGCAGUUGUUGAUUACCCUGUUAUUUUAGGGUUUCAAGGCUUUUGAAUUGUAAGAGGACAUGUGUGAAGGACUUUAUACUCUCACAAUGAUAAAUAAAUAUUCCUCUCUCUAGCUGUUUCUCCAUAAAACAGGAUUCAUUGUUUGCCAUGAAAUAAGAAAAUACAAAAACAAAAGGACAAAAACAAAAUGACACUAACAAAAUAACACUAACAAAAUGACACUAACAAAAUAACACUAACAAAAUGACACUAACAAAAUAACACUAACAAAAUGACACUAACAAAAUGACACUAACAAAAUGACACUAACAAAUUGACACUAACAAAAUGACACUAACAAAAUGACACUAACAAAAUGACACUAACAAAAUGACACUAACAAAAUGACACUAACAAAAACUGUGAUUGUUUUACUGUGAUUGUUUUACUGUGAUUGUUUUAGACACUAACAAAAUGACACUAACAAAAUGACACUAACAAAAUGACACUAACAAAAUGACACUAACAAAAUGACACUAACAAAAUAUCACUAACAAAAUAACAUUAACAAAAUGAUAAAAACAAAAUGACACAAAUUAAAUUCUCUUUUUGGAAAAUAACUAAAAGAAUAGAUCAGUUGUUCAUUUUUAAAAAAAAUCUUUAUAAAAACCCACAACAACUGAAAGCCAGUAAUUCAUCUUGAGCAUUAAAAAACUAUCCUUACUUUAGAUCAGGGGUCUCAAACUCAAAUGAUCCGGAGGCCGCAAGAGGUUUAGUCUGAGUGAGACUGGGCCGCAUCAAGUAUUUCACACAAAAAAGCGAUGACAAAUCUAAUAAAGAACAACUGUUACAAUCUGCUCAACCUUUAUUAAUAACAAAUACAAACAUUAAAGGGUUCUUGAGAACCAGGCUUCCUACCCCUUGUUGCCAGAGACCUGUGAACCUUUCUUCUUAUACAUCUGAGCAACAUUUAGCUUGAGUGAGGAAGCAACUGAGACCCUCAUUAUAGCUUUAAGAUGCUCAUCAGUAAGUUUGGCCCUGAACUAUUAGUUGUAUUACUUGAUCUGCUUGAACAACCUGGAAAUCUCAGGGAAGGUGGAGGGCAAUCUCUCAUAAAUUGUCCAAGUUUGUCUGUUUUUCCAUUCACCUCCCUGAACUUAGCCUUGAGUUCAGAAUUGCCCUGAAUAUUAAUCAGCUCCAUUUGAAGGGCAAAAAAAAAAGUUUGGGGGUGGUUGGGGUGGGGGGGGGGGGGCAUCUUCCACAUUGAAGGAUAAAGGGUCAACAAACAUUUGAAAAUGUCUCUGUGUGUUUUAAAGUCUGAAAACCUGUGUUCAAAUUUUUGAGUUCAGAAUUGCCCUGAAUAUUAAUCAGCUCCAUUUGAAGGGCAAAAAAAAAAGUUUGGGGGUGGUUGGGGUGGGGGGGGGGGGUGCAUCUUCCACAUUGAAGGAUAAAGGGUCAACAAACAUUUGAAAAUGUCUCUGUGUGUUUUAAAGUCUGAAAACCUGUGUUCAAAUUCGUACUUUGGCCGCCAUGUUUGUCUCAUAAAUGCUAUAAAAUAAAAACUUUUAGUCCAAUUUAAAGGUUUUUUUACCAUUUUAAAUAACGACCAAACCUAUAAAAACAUAAUAAAAUCACAAUUACACUAGUGGGUGACAUUCGACUGAAACCGUAGCGGAGGGUCACAUUAUAGAUAUGAGAAUGGGGUAAUGCGUCAGGUACCGGGCCGGAAAAUAUCGCCUUGCGGGCCACAAAUGGCCCGAGGGCUGCCAGUUUGAGACCCCUGCUUUAGAAUGACUUAGAGAGAUCUUUUUAACAAGAGUUGCAAUUUUAUUGUCCAUCUACUUCAUUCCUUACUAUUUUUUUUCAUUCCACAGGCAGCACGUGUCAACUCUAUAUGUUUACGGAUUCAAAAAAUUUCCCUGGAAAUGAGGGUCUUUGGAUACAAGGGGGCUUCCAUUCUAGAUCUGGACUCCUUUCUACAAUUUGUUUCUCUAACCAAAUUGAAAGUGAGUUCUUUUCUUUAUUUCCUCAAAAUAAUUAAUUAAAUUUCAUUUGAUUUAAUCAAAAGAGGCCCCCUGGUUUAAUUGAGUAAAGUUAAAGACUUCAACAAAAUUAAAGGGAGGUGAAAAAAGUCGGCCCCUACAUUUUUUUGGACAGUUAGUGAAGAUUAAACAACGUUCUUUUAUGGUAAUAUUUAAUGUAGUAUGCUAUAGUUCAAUAGAGCUCAACUAACAUUUCUCAGUAUUUUAAGAUAACUGAUGUAGAGUAGGGAAGACAAAAUCAAUAUUUUGAUCAUUGAACUGUUUAGCAGUAUAUAAACAAAAGGGAGACAUAAUUUAUAAGCUUGAAAUUGUGCCCAGCUGAUGAUAAAUUUGUUUUGUUUAAUUAUAAAUUAAAUUAAAAGUCUUCAUCAGAAAAAUUUAGCAUUAAAGAUAUUCAAUCUAAAGAAUAUUUAAUCGUAGAAAAGAAUUGCUAUGCUGAAAUUAUCAAUAGUUAAAAAUGUGUGUAUCCAAGAAAUCAAUUACUUAACUGUAUAUGGUUUUGGCAAUGAUGUCAGUUGCAUGCUUGGUGUCUCUCGUAUCUUGAAAUGAGUUUAACUUGUUCCCCACUUACUACCGUUUUAUUCCCCAGGCCAAGCUGUUCCACAUUCCCAUGCUGCCAUCACAUCUCAUCUUCACAGGGGUUGUCACAGCCUUUGUGCUUCUCAUCCUUGUGCAGACCAGUAGCAUCGGCCCGGCAAACUACUACUUCUGAAAACAGCCAUCAGAUAGUGUUAGAUGUUCUGUCAAUCAUGUUAGACUUUGUGCUUCUCAUCCUUGUGCAGACCAGUAGCAUCGGCCCGGCAAACUACUACUUCUGAAAACAGCCAUCAGAUAGUGUUAGAUGUUCUGUCAAUCAUGUUAGACUUUGUGCUUCUCAUCCUUGUGCAGACCAGUAGCAUCGGCCCGGCAAACUACUACUUCUGAAAACAGCCAUCAGAUUGUGUUAGAUGUUCUGUCAAUCAUGUUAGACAUGCCUGUGAUUUCACAACUCUCAAGAAUUUGGAAGGUAGAAUCUUCAACAGAAUCUUGAGCUUCUAAAAUUGUGUGGAUUUCUGAUGCUGGGCAUUUAAUUAUAAUAAAGGCAGCUACUCAUUUGAAAGAAUAUAUUUCUUCAUAUCUACUGCAUUCAACCUCGGUGAGACGUUUGAUUUGGUAUGGAGAGUUCUGAACCCUGUGUGAGUGGUCUACACUUUUGCUAAUGGUAACUCACUAGAUAUCAGUUACAUAUUGGUAUUGAAAUAUUCCAGAUAUUGGAAUUUUCAAUGAAUCACAAUCCUGUUGCAAUAUAUCAACUUAUUUGAACCCAUACUAGUGCAUAUACUUAUUGUUGUAAUGUUUUAUUUGAAAUUUGUUAUACUGAAACAUAAUUAACUCAAUGAAAUUGAUAUGUGAUUGGUCUUAUGACUUUCUGGUAUCAAUUUUGCAAAUAAGAUAGACCUUUAGCUGCCAUGAACUGUUUAGUCCCAUUAAUGUUUUUUUGGCUGACAUUUUGGCUCAGUAAGGUCAUGUUCGGCAUAGUAAGUCAUACUCGGCUCAGGAAGUCAUGUUUGGCUUAGUAAGUCAUGUUUGGCUCAGUAAGUCCUGUUUGGCUCAGUAAUUCCUGUUUGGCUCAGUAAGUCAUGCUUGGCCCAGUAGUCAUGCUUGGCUCAGUAAGUCAUGUUUCGCUCAGUAAGUCAUGUUGGGCUAAGUAAGUCAUGUUUGGCUCAGUAAGUCAUGUUUGGCU